CCUGUUCCUGCAGCUUGCCAGAGGCAACAUAACGCAAAGAAUCCUGUAAGAGAUGAUCGUAGACAUCCCUGGGUUAUGAAACUAUUAAAAAUCUCCAUCAUUCAUGUGUACGAUCUACGUGACACUGUAUAUUUCCUUGAAGAUGCCUAUUUGGAUUGUUGUACUGUAAGAUAUUCGCUUUUUAAUAUCUCAUUAGCGUUUCCCACUGCACGGUGCUGUAAAGUAUUCCUUGUUGUUGGACGCAUGAUGGGAUUGUUGUCAAUGGCGAUUAAAGCUUUCGUUGUCAGGGUAACGAGGGCAACAAUCAUCAGACCGUUGUGAAAAGUAGAUGUUUGCCAGCAAAUAGAUCUAGC